AUAAAGUUAUAAAUGAGUCUAUUCGUUUUAGUCCCAGACAAGAAAUUUGUAAUCAAAGAUGCAUGCGUUUACUUAUCUUAUACUUGCCAUUCUUGUAUACGCCACUGCAGGAGCUCCAUCUCCUUAUAUCAUUGGCGGUGAUAAGGUUACCAUCGGCAAAUUGCCAUAUCAAGUGUCACUGAGAUUAAACAACUCCCACAUAUGCGGUGGAUCUAUCAUUGACAGUCUUAACAUAUUAACUGCAGCAUAUUGUGUUGUCGGAUUGCAGUGUUCAUUGGAUAAACUAAAGGUCCAUGUCGGUACAAAUUUUUUGAACGUAUCAGGAUUUGUUUAUGACGUAUCCAGUAUUACCGUCCACCAAAAUUAUGACGACUAUUUACUCAUUAAUGACAUUGCAUUGAUUCACCUUAAAAAUCCUAUCAGAUUCAAUAAGCUAGUGAAGUCAAUUAAUCUUCCGUCAUACGUUGGAGAUCCCGAGGACCAGUAUUGCACAUUGUCCGGAUGGGGAGCUACAGGGUUUCAUUCUCCAAGCAAUAUGUCAAAUAACCUGCAAGAAAUUACGGGAAAAGUUUAUUCGCAAAAAAAGUGCGCGGAAGAACAUUGGCAUUUGAUGGAUAGCCAUAUAUGCAUUUUAUUGUCAAAAUAUAACGCAGAAACAUGUUACGGUGAUUAUGGUGGACCUUUGGUACUCAAUGGAACUCAAAUUGGAAUAAUUUCCUUUAAAUCCCCUUGCGGGGGUGAUAAUCCAAAUAUUUACACAAGAGUGAGAAGUUUCACAUCUUGGAUCUAUACAAAUUUGGAGAGAUAAAAGAUAUUUAUUUCAUUUAUUAAAAUUCUAUGGGAUUUUA